AUGGAAAGCGAUCUCCCCCCCUAUCACGGUUCUCAUUUCAAACAUACCACCCCUCCAGUCCCUUCUUGGUCCUUUGGAGAUGGCGUUGAUUCUUCCGAACAAGGGAAGAAGUGGCUGGCUGGCGAGGAGAGUGGCUGGACUGGCUUCGAUGCAUCUAAGGAGGCACCGGGGGUGUUUUACAAACUCCUUACCAGUGGCAUCGUACCCAGACCUGUUGCUUUCGUCUCAAGCGUAUCAGAAGCGGGGAUCAAGAACCUUGCACCGUUCAGGUGGGUCCGGUGGAGUUUCCUUGUAACGCACAAUCCCCCCAUCAUAUCCAUCUCCUGUAACGUUAUCGCUGGGAAAUCGAAAGAUACGGCGCUUAAUAUCAAGGAGACUAAAGGUUUCACGGUCAACAUCAUCAGCGAGAGUUGGAUCCACAAUGCCAAUGCCUGCUCGAUCGACGCACCCCCCGACGUCGGGGAGUGGCCGAUCAGUGGUUUGACUCCAGCUGACACGGUUCACGUCAAGGCACCCCGCGUCAAGGAGAGUGCCUUCAGCAUGGAAUGCGAGCUAUUUCAAGCAAUUGACAUCGUACAUCCUGAGACUGGCGAAACAACGACAACAUUGAUCCUGGGACGGGUGAAAUACAUCCACGUCCGCAACGAUGUCUUGACAGACAAACGCGAUGCAGUUAAUCCCACGCAGCUUCGGCCUAUCUUGCGCCUCGGUGAUAUCACGUACGCUGUUCUGGGAGAUGGGUUUAGGGUGCCUAGACCAUCUUGGAAGGACGAAGGGGAGGGUCUCCAGGCGAGUGGUAUCCUCUCCGUGCACGACGGGAAAUUAUGA